ACUGUGGCCCCCAGGACGUCCUGUACGGCUCGGAGCGCUGGCACUCCUUGCACCUGGCCAACCUGGUGGAGGGAACCUACCUCUUCCAGCUACGUGUCAGCGACCCUCAGGGACGAUUUAGCGCAGCCACCGCUACCGUGGAGGUGCUCCCUGACCCCCUCCGGCAGGCCGAGGUGGAGCUGGAGCUGCAGGCGACUGUGUCCCAGGUGAGCCAACAACAGAUGGACACACUGGUGGGGCAGCUGGCGGAGCUGCUGCACAUGCCAGACGCCAACGUGACAGUGCGCAGCCUGUCUGCGGGGUCAGAGGUCAGCACCGUGCUCCGGAUCUCGGCGCAGGGCCAAGGCGAGCCCCUCCCCGGCCCCCUGCUGGCCCGGCGCCUGUGUGUGCUGCUGCUUGGGGACACACAGCUGCUGCCAUUCAGGGUGCUGCGCGUGGACACCCGCAUGUGUUUGCUACGGUGUUCAGACCACGGCCGCUGUGACCCCAUCACCAAGCGCUGUGUCUGUGAGCCAUUCUGGAUGGAGAAUCCCAUCCGUCGCCUCCUACAGGACAGGGAAAACAAUUGCGGUGAGCGCUGUAAUUAUUUUUUGAGAGCCUGGCAGUGAGCAGAUAUGAGCCAGUCUCCUGUAAUCCCCCUUGCCUCUUGCAGUGAGCAGAUAUGAGCCAGUCUCCUGUAAUCCCCCUUGC